UGACGUUUAAAUUUCUGUGUUUUGGUAUUUUUCUGUAAAACCUGAACGAUUUUCUCUAUUUUCAUCAAUUUCUUGAUAGGUUUUCCUGUAUUUUCUAAAAGAAAAAGCAAUAAGAGACAGUAAAAAAUGAAUUUAGAAUUAGACUUUGUGGUUUAAAUUGAGUGAUUAAAGUGUGAAGGGUUUUCUUGGUAGUGUCGGAAGUCUCUGGAAAGCAGAGUAUCUGCUGAACAAUGUACGCAGAUGGCUUCAAGUAUUGGUUAGCAUAUUCAAAGAACAACAUCAAGUAUUAUCGUUGUUGCUUGCACAAGAAACAAUGCCCUGGACGAUGUGUGGUGGAAGAUGGUAGAGCUGUUAGAAUUACAACUGAACACAAUCACGAUCCGGAACCCGAUAGAAUUGUCGUGGAGAAAUUCCGGAAGGUUCUCACACGUCGAGCCGCCACAGAAACUACAGAUCUGCAUAAUAUCUAUUGGGAGGAGGCUAGCCAUAGGCAUGGUGAGGCAGCUCUCUUGUAUAGCUACAAUCUUGCCGAGAGUGCAAUGAGAAAGGCUCGACGGAAGCAAUUGCCCACAGUUCCCACAACAAUGUACGAACUGACUGAGGCACUGAAGGUAUCAGAGCUAUUCCGGGUGAGCUGUGGCAAUCGCAAAGAAGCAUUCUAUCGAACUACAGUAGAUCUGGAGGAAGGUAGCUGUGUCAUCUUUAUGCAUGCCAAAACCCUUCAGGCUGUUGGCAAAGUCGAAGAGAUGCAUGUAGAUGCAUCAGUGGAUUGUAUAGCUCGACCCCGGGGACACCUUUUGACCAUUCAUGCUGUUCAGGGUCACAAAGGUGUUCCCAUCUUGUAUGCAAUCCUCACUACAAAAUCUCAAUCAACUUUUGCGGCAGUUUUUGCCUUUCUACGAGAAAACUAUCCCAGUCAAGUGGUACCUAGUAUCAUUCUGACCAACUUUGAUGCUGCUAUGCACUUUGCCCUACUCUACACAUUCCCCGAGGCCAAUCUCAAAGGAUCCUGGUUUCACUAUACAGACGCCGUUGUUGGACGCCUGAAGCACCUCAGGCUGCAGCGUGAGAUUACAAAAGGACACGGAGCCUGUGCUCUCAAGAUGCUCCUUGUCUUGCCUUUCCUGCCAGCAGAUCACAUGGCUGCUGGCCUGGUGGCCCUUAAGAAGUGGAUGCAAGAGAAGAAAGUCUUCACCGUGGGCCUUUCCACAAUCUGCACUUAUGUGGAACAUGAAUGGCUGAGAGGAGUAGGCCCAGAGAAGAUGUCAAUGUUUGGAGUCAAUCGCUGCACCAAUACCUACGUCCAAACUUUCAACAAAGAACUCCUGGACACUAUCGAUGGAAGAAAUAAUAUCAUCUGGCACUUUCUCGAUUCCCUAACUCACAUUGCCACAAAGACCUACACAAAAUUGGCCAGGAGGGCCAAGGAUACAGGUCUUCCAGGACCUAAACCACCCCGAAAGACCCAAAUGGCCACGGAAGAGAUCAUUCGAGUGGCAACAGAACAAUGGAUCAGGACUCCACUUCAUCUCAGAUCUCCCUUUCAAUUCCUCCAAAUGGCCAGUCACUGCAUCAAUGACAGUAACUAUGCUGUAAUUGUCAGCACAAUUGCAGCCCCUCCGGACACCCCAGACACACCUGCAGCCCCACCGGCUACAAAACGAAAAGCUCCAGAGCCCAUCAUUGACAUUCAUAGCAAUGUAACCUUCGUGGAAGUUCCCCAAAUAACCCAGCCAUUGAGAUUCAUUUCCUCUGAUCCACCACCAUUAGCCUUCUUUCCCAAAGUCACCGCCACAAAGAAGAAUUUACGCACACGACCACGCUUCCCCCUAGAACCACCACCUCUUGUUCCCAUUAGCAGAAGAAAAGUCUCAUGAAAGUGUCUCUUAAGUCAGUAAAUACAGAAAAUCUCUGAUAAA